AUGAUUACAAGAACCUACACAACACGGACGUUCUUGAGCAGGAUAGGCCAAGAGCGUCAGCGUCGUCACUAUUCCGACUUUCUCAAAAACUUGCCUCGAGUAGGAGGAGGGAUCUCCAAAUUUGGGAAGGCGCCUUCCAUCCAAAAGAACAUCCCACCUAAAGACAACUUGACGUCUCCAAACUCCGUUCCAAAGAAACAGCCACCACCUCAGGGCAACAAUAGGUCCAAUCAGCAGAAUUCCCAGCAAAAAACGAACCGAUUUGCCCAAAAGUAUGCCAAUCCAAAGCCUGCUGUAAAGGCACCCAAACCAGUCAAUCCAAGUACAAAGUACGAGGAGAUCAGAAAAUCCCUCAGAGAGAAGCAGGCCAAGCAGAACCCCGCCCAGAAGAAGGUGCUGGUGCCAUCCAAAAAGAAGAAGGCUGCCACGCCUCCCAUCAAGAUCAACUUACCUCCGUUCAUCACAGUUUCCAAUUUGGCCACCAUCAUGAAUGUGCCGUUCACUGACGUGUUGAAGAAGUUAGAGAACUUUGGCUUCGAAGACCUCCGCCACAACUACAUUUUGGACAAGGAAAAUGCCACCAUGAUUGCUGACGAGUACAAUUUCGAGGUCAAUAUCUCAGAGUCCUACGACGAGGACGUGUUUCCCGAGCCUCCAAAACCGGAACUCUUGAAGGAAAGACCUCCAAUAGUCACCAUCAUGGGCCACGUUGAUCACGGGAAGACCACCAUCUUGGAUUUUCUUAGAAAAUCAAGCAUAGUCGACAAGGAAUUCGGAGGGAUCACCCAGCACAUUGGUGCGUUUUCGGUGUUCACACCCAUUUCCAAGAAGAAGAUCACUUUCUUGGAUACCCCUGGGCAUGCAGCGUUCUUGAAGAUGAGAGAAAGAGGGGCUAUGAUUACCGAUAUCGUGGUUUUGGUUGUGGCGGGAGACGAUUCAAUCAUGCCACAGACCACCGAGGCCAUCAAGCACACCAAGAAGUCGGGUGUGCCCAUGAUUGUGGCUAUCAACAAGUGUGACAAGCAAGGGAUCGACAUCGACAAGGUGUUAAGAGACUUGUAUGCGCAAGAAAUUGAUAUCGAGGAUUAUGGUGGAGAGGUCCAAACCGUCAAGGUUUCAGGCAAAACCGGGUUGAACAUGGACAAAUUGGAAGAGGCCAUCAUCACCUUGAGUGAAAUGAACGAGUUUAAGGCCGAGCAAUCCAAUAUUCAGUCAGAAGGCUGGAUUAUUGAGUCCUCCAUCGAGAAGGGUUUGGGCAACAAGACUAAUUUGUUGGUGUCGAGAGGAACCAUCAAGGUAGGUGACUACUUGGUCGCAGGAACCACCUACUGCAAAGUCAAGGGUAUCAGGGACGAGAACGGUAUGGCUAUCAAGUCGGCUGGUCCUUCCACCCCCAUCCAAAUUUGGGGCUGGAAAGAGCUCCCUGGAAGCGGAGACCAGGUUUUACAAGUGAAGAGCGAGCUGGUGGCAAAGAAGGUCACUGCCAACCGUAUUGCAAGAAACAAAGAGCUUUCGAUGGGUAAAGAUAUCGAGGAAAUCAACAGAAAGAGACAGGAAGAAAUCAACGAAAUCAAAAUGAAGGAGAAGAUGAACGAGGUCAAGCUUUUGGGACUUGAUGAGGGGGUAGUGGCGAACGAGCUUGAGCAAAAGGCUCGCGAGGUUCGCUAUAUUGUCCGUUCCGACGUGUACGGCUCCGCAGAAGCCAUAAAGGAAAGUAUCAACGAACUUGGAAACGAGGAAGUUAGAUCAGUGGUACUUAAUACCGAGGCUGGUGUGCCCACCGACUCUGAUAUCACUUUGGCCAAGACGUUGGAUGCCAAAAUCUUGUGCUUCAACAUCAAGGUGCCCAAGCCCAUGAUGAUGAAGGCAGACAAGGAGGGAGUGGUUAUCAAGGACUACAACAUCAUCUACCGGUUGAUCGAGGACGUUACCACCGAAUUAACCAGUCACUUGAAGCCCCGGAUCGAAAUUAAAACCGUGGGUGAAGUCGAUAUCAAGGACGUAUUUGUGGUGACCAUCAAGAAGUCCAAGGUCAAGAUUGCGGGAUGUAAAGUCACCAACGGGCUCAUCAAGAAGUCUUCCAAGAUCAGGGUUCUCCGGGGUGAAGAAGUCGUCUACGAUGGUACCCUUGGUUCCUUAAAGUACAUCAAGGACGAUGUUUCCGAGGUUAGAAAGGGUAAGGACUGUGGUAUUGCGUUCGAAAACUGGGACAAAUUCGAGGCAGGUGAUUCCAUCCAGGUGUACGAAGAGGUGGAGCACCAGCGUUUCUUGUAA